UUCUGAUUUGACCACGCUGUGCUUUGCUAGCAAACCUAAAACCGAAACAUUGGAGCUCUUUAGACCAAUCUUGUGUAUAUUACUCUUAGUGUUUUCAACGUAAUUCUGUUUACAUAUCUACUGGUUCAUUUAAACGUAAUUUGCUUGUUAAAUUAGAAAAUGUGUUACAUUGAUACUGCACUAGGCUAAUCUCCCGGAGCAUAAACUCACUAAUCUCGACGGAGAAAGAAACUGGUGAAAGGAGGCAAAGCAGCUUGAAGAAUGAAUAAGGAGGCUAUCACAUUGAAACAAGAGGAUGAUAUUACAGUGAAAGAGGAAUAUGGGAACGAGGUUGUCAAAGUGGAAAAAGAGGUAGAAGCUUUCAGAAUCAAAAAGGAGGAAGAUGCCGUAAAAUUGAAAGAGGAGGAAGACCCUUUUGGAGUAAAAGAGGAGGAUAUCUCAAUAAAAGAGGGAGACGUUUUGGGAGUGAAAAAUGAGACUGAAGAUCCGAUUACCACCAGAGACAGACAUGACUAUUGUGGAUCCUCUGGGGAGCCUCAACAACAUCCUGAUGCUGACGAAGUAGAGAGGAGUCUCUCCAGAUCAGAACACCAGAUGGACAACGCUAGCCCCUCCUCCCUCCCGGAGUCCCCGUUUCGUACCUCUCCCGGUAGCACCUUACUGCUGGGUAUGAAGAGGUUGUCUGUGCUGCUGGUGGACUGCAGGAAAACAACGGGGCUGAGUGGAACUGUGAGAGGAGGAGCAGAGAAGAAAGGAUCAGAUUUGACACAUCAAAAAAUUGACCAGGAGAGUGACACAGAAGGAAUGGAUGAGGACUCUGUAAGUGACCAGAGUUUUGAUUCCAGCGUGGAAGAAAUGUUUUUGGAAGGAAAAGAUCCACUUUUAGAUCAUCCCAGCGAUUCUGAUUGGGAGCCCAUACUGCCAAGGUGCAAAUCCCCCACUGAAGCUGGUCCAUCCAGCCGGACCCCUGCUGUCUCCGGCACCACACCUACCCCCACCCGGCCAUCAAGAGGUGUGAAGCCGGUGACAAAGAAGCGGAGGAAGGGAAGUGUGGAACCUGCUGGCAGAGUGGAGGAGGGUCGUUGGCACUCUGUGCUGGAGGAGGAUGUGGCCCCACCACCUCCUAUUUUCAGACCAAAGAGGCCACCAGGUCCUCAGCUGGACAUGACCUCUAAGUACAGCCCCAUGCAACUUUUUCAGUUGUUUUUCACCUCGGCAGUUGUUGAUUCCCUGGUGUUGAACACUAAUAAGUACGGAGCUAAGAAGCAGGAAGGCAAGAAAGAGACAUGGAAGCCCAUUUCCAGGUCAGACCUUUUCUGCUACAUUUCACUGGUAAUUUACAUGGGGCUGGUAAAGUUAAAAACCCUAAAGGAUUACUGGAAAAAAGCCACACUCUAUCAGCUGCCUUUCCCCCGCACUGUCAUGUCCUCUACAAGGUUUUUAAAUAUCUCACGGGCGCUUCAAAUCAGUGACCCAGAUGUUGAUGAGGAGAAUGACAGGAGGAAAGGCACCGCAAGGUUUGACAGGCUCUGCAAAGUCAAACCUCUCUACUCCAGCAUGGUUGAAGCCUGCAAGGCCCAUUUUCAGCCCGCCCAGAACUUGUCCAUAGAUGAGAGGAUGGUAGCCUCAAAGGCCAGAAUUGGCCUAAAACAAUACAUGCGUAACAAACCAACUAAGUGGGGUUACAAACUGUUUGUUUUGGCUGAUUCUGCGUGUGCCUACACAUGCAAUUUUUUUGUCUAUGAGGGGAAGAACACGUGUGCGACUGGUAAAGGACUGAGUUAUGACUCUGUAAUGGAAUUAUUGGAUUUUCAACUGCUGGGGAAGGGCUACAAACUCUUUGUGGACAACUUCUACACAAACCCUACCCUGUUCACAGACCUGAGGAAGCGGGAUGUGUGGGCCUGUGGCACCAUUCGGUCCAACAGAGUGGGCUUUCCAAAGACCAGGGUAAAUGACAUGCCUAAGCGGGCUGAGCGGGGGACCAUGCGAUGGAUCCGAGAAGAUGGCCUGCUGUUUGUGAAGUGGAUGGACACCAGAGAGGUGGCGAUGUGCUCCACUAUCCACAAGUCCUUCAGUGGUGAUCACGUCGUCAGGCGUGUGAAGGAUGCUACUGGGGCAUGGACCACCAAAAAUGUUCCCAUUCCUGCAGCCAUCAAGGACUACAACCAGAGCAUGGGAGGUGUAGACUUGUCAGACGCUCUUAAAGGAUACUACAAUGUUCUACAUAAGACAAAGAAAUGGUACAAGACAUUGUUUUAUAAUUUCAUUGACAUUGCUGUGGUGAAUUCCUUCAUCCUCCAGAAGGAAAUGGCCAGGAGCUGUGGACAGCCCCCAUCUCACAGCUAGUCUUCAGGGAGCUGCUCAUCAAGGAGCUU